ACAUUAGAGGUGUUCUACGUUAUAUGGAGAUUUUUGAAAUAGUGUUUUAAGUUAACAGAAUGGGCUAAUUUCUUUCCUUUUUAUGUAAAAAUGUUUAAAAAAAAAUUUGGGGACAAUCGGUUGAUGGGAAGACGGCGCGGAAACGUUUUUAAAUUAAAAAUUGCCUUCCUAUAGGAAAAAACAAGUUUUAUGUAUUCAAGAAUCAAUUUUUCUUUUAGUGUAUUUAUUAAAUGAAUAUGUAUGCUUUAAUAUGUCUCAACUAGCACGAUAUAAAGAAUAAUUUUAAUAAUAUUUUGUUCUUAUUUCGAGUGAAAAAACGGUAAAUAAUAUUUUUUUAUCGCACCAUCGUCGUAACUGGGCCAUUGCACUAGCGACUUGGUAGUCAAUCGUUCUACUCUCCAUAGACUGAGGGAAGAGCAUCGCAGAAAAGAAUCACAGAGGAUUCAAGAGAGUUUUAUUGACAAACUAAGUGAUACACAAGCAAUGGUCGUCCACUGGGAUGGUAAAGUAUUGCCAGAUCUAAUUGGAAAAAUAAAAGUUGAGCGAAUUGCAGUGCUUGUUAGUUAUAAUGGCGAAUCCAAAUUUCUAGGCGCUCCAAAACUUAUAUCUGCCACUGGUGAAGAUAUAGCUACAGCCGUUUUUGAUACACUUAGUAAAUGGAAUAUUUUAGAUCGCGUAGAAGGCAUGUCUUUUGACACCACGUCCACUAAUACUGGUCCAAUAAAUGGAGCAUGCGCUCAAUUGCAACGCAUGUUAGGAAGAAAUUUGUUGACGUUACCAUGCCGUCACCACAUUCUAGAAAUAUACUUGCGUAGUGUAUUCGACCUGCAUUUCAAAGUGACUCAAGCACCAGAAGUCUCAAUUUUCGAGAGAUUUGCCAAAGCCUGGCCAAAUAUUGACACUUCAUCAUUUAAGAGUGGGCUCGACUGUGAAGAUAUAAAAUCUCAUAUAAGUGAUGGCAUCUGCAAUGACAUCAAACAAUUUUGUCAUUCACAAUUACAAAAAACGUUUGUUCGUGCUGACCACGAAGAAUUUUUACGUCUAGUACUUACAUUUCUUGGUGACAAUGGUGGUAAAUUUAAAACUCCCGGAGUUACAAGUCAUGCACGUUGGAUGUCAAAGGGAAUAUAUUCCUUGAAAAUAUUUCUGUUUCGUGAUCAAUUUCACUUGAGUAAAGCUGAAUUAAAAGGUUUAAGUCACAUUUGCGUUUUUUUAGUGCGUUUAUAUAUAAAAGCUUGGUACAAAUGCUCCAAUGCAAUUACCUCUCCCCUGCUGGAUUUAAGCUUUGUAAAAGAAUGUAUUAAUUAUGAAAAAGUGAACCCAAGUAUUUCUUCGGAAUUGCUGAGAAAAAUGCAACAACACAUGUGGUAUUUGUCAGAGGAAAACGUCGCAAUGGCUUUCUUUGAUUUCAAUGUUUCAGUAGAUGUUAAGAAAAAAAUGGUAAAAAAUUUAAAAUCAGAAGAGCCAACUUAUAAACUACAAAACAAUCGCAAAAUAGAAAAAUUAAGUGACUUAGGCAAUUCGGAUUUAAGCGAAUUUGUAUCCAAAAGAACUUUAACAUUUUUUACGAAGUACAAGUUGUCAACCAACUUUUUGUAUUUGGAUCCAGAGUCUUGGGAAACAAACGAGGAAUUCCAAAAUGGUCGCACAAUAUGCCACAAAUUGCUUGUUACUAAUGAUACAGCGGAAAGAGGUAUUAAAUUUAUAAAGGAUUUCAAUACUAUUCUUACAAAUAAAGAAGAAGAAAAACAGUUCCUCCUUCAAGUUGUUGAAGAAUACAAAAAAAAAUAUAAGUCCUAUAAAAAAUCAGAAUUAAUUUAAGUUUUAAUAUUUCUAGAUGUAUUAAAUAAAUUGAUAUGAACAAAAAUAUUUCCUUGAAGUAGUAGUUUUAAGUUAAUAUAAUGAAAAAAAUUGGAGAAAAAUAAUACACUAAAAGAAAAAUUGAUUCUUGAAUACAUAAAACUUGUUUUUUCCUAUAGGAAGGCAAUUUUUAAUUUAAAAACGUUUCCGCGCCGUUUUCCCAUCAUCCGAUUGUCCCCAAAUUUUUUUUUAAACAUUUUUACAUAAAAAGGAAAAAAAAUAACCCAUUCUGUAAACAUAGAAUAUAUUUUGAAUUUUAAGGACAGGUCUAAUGUAC